AUACCCUCUGGUUCUGCAACUAAAAAGGGCAAAACUAAACGGAGAGGGAGAAGAGGCUCGAACUGGAAAAGGGUGAUCCUCGAAAUCGCGCGAAAUCGAUUUCGACGUGAACCGGAGAGCCCGCCGGAGUUGCGCUUCUAUCCGGUAAAAGCCUAGCUGCUUCUCUUCUCUGAUUGACCUUGCAAGAAGUCUCUCACCAUGUUUUGAUCCGAAAGCCCUAAGAAUAACAAGGAUUCUCACAGGAAUCUCCACCUGUUUUAAUCAGGUACGGCGCCGGGGAACAAAUUCCAGGCAGAGCUUCCUUAUAUUCCGCCGAGGGUCGCGAUUUUGAUCCUUUUGCCCUUGCUGGAACGCAAACAUUUCCGCUGUUGGGUUGUCGAGGCAUUUGUUCAGCUUGACUUACUAACGAACCUGGGUUAACCUAAUCCUUAUUUGCUCGUCUUUUCCUAAAGGGGUGAAGUGGCGGCGAUAUUUUAACUUUUUCGUACUUCUCAGCCGCCUGUCCGUGUUAAAUCCGUGUUCAAGCAGCCUAGGUGGAAAAGAGAAGGGGGUAUUUUUAUCCGUUGAAGAAGAGGGAACGUGAGAUAUAAAGAUAGGCAGUGAAUUGAUUCUUCUACAAGCUUGUCCAGUCUGCUGGCGUUGAAGGUCGUCCUUGGGCCCAUCUUGUAUUGAUUACUGCACUUUUCUGGUUUGAAACUGCUUGUUGAUGCCAGUUGCGGCGGGAUCGGAGUUGUCGAUUUUGGAAAGCUUCGAAUUUAAUCGGUUGUUUUCAUUCCGAUUGUGUUUAGCAAUUUGAUUCGUCGGAACUGGUUGGGUUGGACGAGCGGCCAUUCGCCGGAGUUUGUGACCCUGAGCGAUCUGAGGGGUUUAAUUUUUGAGAUUCCUUCCAAGAAAAAAAGGAAUAGCGGUUGGGGAUUUGAUUCCCAGCAGAAUUGGUUAUUUGUUGAAUUGGCGGGAUCCUGCGGAGGAGAUGUUGUGACUUGACUUUUGAAUUCUCUAUAUAUGAAUCAUGUCGACCUUAACCGUCAGGUUGUGAAGUAAUAUGGCACUGGUUUCCAGAUUAAAAAAUGACGUAUUACGUUGCUCGCGAAGCCCCAAAGUUAUGGCGGAGGAUUUGCAUGGAGACGAAGGUAGAACUCAGUCUCCUUGCCGAGAAGUGGAAGCUUCUUCUUGCCGGAAUAAUUUUCCAGUAUAUCCAUGGAUUAGCUGCUCGAGGAGUUCAUUAUUUUCAUCGACCAGGGCCGAUACUCCAGGAUGUUGGUUUCUUUCUUCUUCCGGAACUCGGGCAAGAGAAAGCCUACAUCAGUGAGGCUGUGUUCACCUUCAUCUUUCUUAGCUUUUUCUUGUGGACUUUUUAUCCUUUCUUUUUUCAGAGUAGAAGAUUCCACACAGUUCUGCUGUGGUGCAGGGUCUUGGCGUUUCUAGUUGCCUCUCAAAUUCUCCGAAUUGUCACUUUUUAUUCUACUCAGCUUCCUGGUCCAAAUUAUCACUGCCGCGAGGGCUCGAAGUUUGCCAGUCUGCCACGUCCAGGCAGUGUACUCGAGGUGCUUUUAAUUAAUUUUCCUCGGGGUGUAUUCUAUGGUUGUGGUGAUUUGAUCUUUUCAUCUCACAUGAUCUUUAGUUUAGUCUUUGUGCGCACGUAUCAUAAAUAUGGGUCACGGAGGAGCAUCAAGCAACUUGCUUGGUUGAUUGCUGUAAUUCAGAGCCUCUUGAUCAUAGCAUCUCGCAAGCAUUACACAGUUGACAUUGUUGUUGCAUGGUAUACUGUAAAUCUGGUGGUUUUCUUCGUGGAUAAGAAAUUGCCAGAACUCCCUGAUAGGACCAAUGCAUCAUCAUCUCCCUUGCUUCCGCUGAGUGGUAAAGACAAGGCAGGCAAAACUAAAGAAGAUCACCACAUCCUCUUGAAUGGAAACUCUGGGGAUUCUGCAGAUUGGAGACAGAGAACACAGGUCAAUGGCAAGAAUUUAGAAGAUGGGAAUGCAAUCCAUCAUGCAGAUUCGGCUAUGAAUGGUAAAUAGUGGUUUACUGAGCCGAGUCGGCUGCUGUUAUCAGGACUGAUAUUUAAAACCAUGCAAUCUCAACUUGGGUGGACUGGUUUAGAUGAGGUGGUAGACUUUGAUCUGUAUUCUAGUGGAAAUGGAAGGUUGAGUUUUUGUUAAUUUUGCUUCAAUUAUGCUUCCUUGAUUCAUGGUUAUACCAUCCAAUUAUCACCCUGUAUGAUGCCAA